CGCGCUCUCUGACAAAACUACAAAGAAAAAUAAGGAAAAAAUAACGAAGAAUUCCCCCCUAAAAACUGCUUUAUUCCUUCAUAUCAAGCAAGAAAAAAACAAAGAAUCAAGGAAAGCUAUUUGAGAUACUGUAGAUAAGUAUGAGGCCAGGUACAGGAAUGAAAGGACGAGCACCUCCAAGCUCCAUGGGAAGAGUACCAACAGGAACAGCUCGUCCAGGCUCUAGAGGUGGUGAAGCGCUGGCUGGAGCUCUUAAUGCUCAGAUCAAAGUGGCAGACAGACCAAUGACUAGACAAGGUCUGUUAGGACCAAAGACAGCAGCUAGAGGUCCACAGCGUCAGGUACAGGACAAGUCUUACUACAUGGGACAAUUAAGGGCAAAGAUGACAGACCUUAACAUUGAAAUUGCAAAGCUAAGAAAGGAAAUAGAGCAGUAUAAUCAAGAUAACUCCACAUACCUUUCAUAUGAGAAAAAGGCUGAAGCUCUUGCUUCAGAGAUCAAAGGACUUCAAGGACAACUGGCUGACUACAACACUCUUGUUGACAAGCUGAAUACUGAUACAGAUAUGGAUGACAUCAUACAAGAUUAUAAUGCAUUAAAAAUGCAGAAUGAAAGAGAACAAAGAUCAAUAGAUGAGAUAUUCACACAGAGACAAGAUAAAGAGAACCAGAUCAAACAACUUGAAAUAGAGCUGGACCAAGAGCAUCGUAUGGCUGAAAGUCUAGUAGAAGAUAUGCCUCCAGACCAGAAAGCAAAGUAUGCUCAGCUGAAAAACAUCAACAAGUCUCUACAAUCUGAAUUAGAACACAAACAGCAAGAUCUUGACUCUCUAAACUUAAAAAUAACCAGUCUGGAAGAGGAAGUUUCUUCAUCUCCUGUAAAGCAAGAAGCAGUGAGUCUAUAUGAGAAGCUGAAUGAGAUGGAAGAGAAGAAGCGCAGCUUGCUGGAAGAGAUGGAGAAAGAAAACAAAGGCUCACCAGCUGAAGAAAAGGAACGACUUCUCAAGCAGGUGAAGGAAGAUAACCAAGAGAUAGCAAGCAUGGACAGAAGGAUUGGGGAGUUGAGGGAGAAGAUAGAGUCAUUGAACACAGAGAUACAACAGUUGGAUAUGGAUCUUGAGGAGCAUCAAGGAGAACGGAACCUGAAAUACAAAGAACUGAAGAAACGAGAGGAAACCAUGCAAGAAUUCCUGGAUACAUUUGAAGAGAAUAAGGCCAACGAAAUGAGCCGUAAGAAAGAACUGGAGGGUGGAAUAGUAGCAUUACUGGAGAAGACGAGUAGGGGAAUGGUUCGUACCAAACACUUACCAACCGCUGGAGAACUGAAGCAAAUGCAGGAAGAUUUGUCAUUCAAGGAAAAUGAAAUGCAUAAAUCUCAAGCUACAGCAUCUUCUCUUGCUUCAGAGCAUACACGUUUACAGAUGGAUUUAGACAAAGUUGAACAGCUUGAGACCAAAAUAACAACAGAACUGGACAGUUUAAAAGACAAGAUUGCCACAAUGGAACAGGAGCUUGAGGUCUACAGUGACCUGGAUGCACUAAGAGAACAGUCACUGGAAAAGAAAGGGCGUCUACAUGAAGAGAAGACUGUGUUGUCUGGUAGAAAAGAUACUUUUAAAAAAUUUGUGCAGAACCUGUCAACAUUGUACGACGCAUCAAGAAGUAAGCUCCUGGAGAAUGAAACAUACUCACAAUUGGGAAAUCUGGAAAGAAAGUGGCAGCAUCAUGAACAGAAUAACUUUGUCAUGAAGGAGUUCAUCACAUCAAAGAGUCUUGAGAGUGACUAUCGUCCAAUCAAGAACAAGGUGACAUCACAGGUUGAGGAACUAAACAAACUGGUUAUCCAGGGGUUAGGUAGAAAAUGAUCAAUAUGAUGAUAACAGUUAUAUGUUAAGAGCUUGAUAAAUUAUUGUAUUUUAUUCAGGAGUCUCCAUCUCAUAUCGCGAACAAGCGAGUGAUAUCGUAUGGGAAACGAGUGAAUAAGAACGAUAUCAGGCUCUGGACACAUAAAAAUUUGUUUAUUACACAAUUAAGGUCGAUAAAAUGACAAAACUCACAGUUUCCAAUUCACUGUGGUUCUUAUUGAUGGGUUUAGAGUGCAAACAAUUAAUCCGUGAAACAUUUAUUACUACAUAGUACAAAAUAGUGCUAAUUAAACAAUAGAAAACAAUGGAAUUUGCAUGAAAUUGUGCCAUAUAGUAUUACUAAAGUUUCACAGUUAUAUUGUAUGCACUCUAUCACACAGAUAUCAACACUAAAUGUUGAAUAAACAAAUAUUAUUGGUAUGCAUCUUUGGUAGCUUCAAUCAGUGUGAAACACUGCAUCAAUCAUGUAAAGGUUUGUUAGUUAUUAACAAAUCCUUAUCCCAGUUCUUUCAAAACCAUUUAUUUAUUGCAUAUAAAUGUGACUGCAUUGUUUUAACAUUUACAUCAAUGUACCAAAUUAGGAUAUCAGACCUUUAAUCCCUUCCCUUCCAGGAAUCAUGUAUAUAAGUUUAUUCCAAGUUAAUUUUACAUGGUUGUUUAUUCUACAUCAAGCGAAAAUGAGCCCCCUUUUUUAAAUCAUAUGAUUAAUCUUUAGCACUUCCUUAGUAAGUUUGUGCAGUUUGAAAGGAAGUGAACCACGGGAACAUGGAACCUUGGAACCAGAUCAAACCAAAUAGCAACAAACCCAACUUGCUAGUGUUUUCAAGUGUUUUCACAUAAUAUGUCACUUGUGCCCUGGUUGCGUUUGUCAACCCCUUGACAUCACUCGACCCACUCCCUUGUCGCACAAUUUUAGCCAUAUCACAGGAUUUCAAAGUGCAAAAAAAUAUGUUCCCGUGGUCAAAUUCCUUUCAAACUGCACAAAAUUACUAAGGAAAAGCUAAAGAUUAAUUAGAGAAUUUAAAAAAGAGGCUUCACUUUCACUUCAUAAGCACUUUAAAUAUCAUCUUCUGACCAGUCUUUAGCAAGUAUGAUUAACCCCCCCCAUAAACUACAAUGUAUUAUGGGAAUUCCAAAAUGGCAAAGGGAAAUAAGAACACUAUCAUCAAGGCGAAGCUGCUAUUUACAAUUUGCUAGUUUUUCAGUGUUAUUAAAUAAAAAUCUCCAUUCAAUCCUGUAAGAAUACAUUCCUGUUAUCAUAAUAUUAACAUCAUUCCUAUUCGUUUUACAGCAUUUUAUCUGUUCCUUAUCACCAAAAUGACCAACCAUUUUCGUCCCAUUCUUCUGUAAAAGAUUUACGAUUUUUGUUACCUUAUGUCCAAAUACUUUAUCUUUACUAAGGCAAUAUACCUUUUUACCUUAAAAAUGUUUUUCUAUUUCAGACCAUGUAUUAUUCUCUUGAGAAUAUGAUUCUUUGUUUGAGUUGUAUCCAUAUUCAUGUGUCUUCUCAUGCACAACCAUAAAACAAAGAAAUGAUACUCUAGGAAAUGACACGUGGUCUAAUAUGGGAAAACGUUGAGCCCAAGCCAAGGUCUACAGUCUCCAUGCCUUCAGCAAUGGUCAAAAUAUAUAUGUCUAUAUCUUGUUAAAAAAACAGUUAGAUUUGUUUAGCAAGAGAUUCUGUAGCUAUAGUAGGCAGGAGUGUGGUUGGAAUCUUCGAUUCUGGUCUUGCAUACAAGAGUGUUGCUAGUAAAACAGCACAGGUCCCAAUAAAGAACAAACUGAAAACCAAA